UAUGUAACGGCCCACUUUGUUUUGGCGAAGAGACAUCAACGAGAGAGUCCGUCUGGCUCUCUUCUCUUGUGCACUCUCGUCAAAUUCGUCGGUUUUCGAGGCAAGAUAAAGUGGCGCCUUGGAUUUUAAAUCGGAGAAGAUUGAUUUUUUUCUGUCGCUUCCGAGAGAUACGUAAGCCCUAAUUGUUCAAAUUCAACAUGAUCUUAAGGACUCCGCCGCCGAAGAAGCUCCGGACCGACGCCGGAGGCAGCCCACCCCCCACCGGCGCCGCUAGCUCCGGAAAGCAGCUCAUUAUUUACGAAGAUUCUCCUCUUCCCGCUCCAAUACAAACAACUUUUCAUGAUCAUUCCGAUCAGUACCUUUGCACCUAUCAAUGUCGCCAAAUGGUUAAAGCUGAUGUUCUAGACGCCUUAAGCAAAGCAGAGAAACAAGCCCAGGAAUAUCAGACCAAAUUACAGACUCUAAAUCAGAAUUUUAACGAAGCAGACGCAGAAAGAAAGCACUUACGAGAUAAGUUCUUAUACUCAGAGCAAGAACUGGCUGCUGCAAAAGGGCGUGAAAAGAUGCUUCAGGAGCAGCUCUUAACGGAGAUCAACACUUCUCAAGAGCGGUAUACAAAAGAACUACAAUCUUGCCAUGAACUGGAGGUAAAACUUCAAAAUGAAACGAAUCUUCGACAGAAAGCCGAGUCUUCUGUUGCAACAGCAGAAGAAAAAGCUAAACUUUUGGAAGAGAAACUAAGUCAGCUAUCUGGUAGUGUGGACAGGGAGAAAACACGUGUGAACAAUGAUAUUGCCCACUUGGGUAAAGAAGCAAAGCUUUCUGUAUCUAGGAUUGGUGCAGAUCUUGAAAGGAUGCAAUGCAGAGCAGAAAGUGCAGAGGCGGAAACAGAUCUCUUAAGAUCACAGCUGGAGCAUCUUAAGCAGAAAUUUGACGAGUGUUUACACGAAAAAACUAAAGUAGACAAAAAGCUUUCGUCAUUCACUUCUCAAGCGGCAUCUUCUUCAGAUAACAGUGUAUUGAUUAAAAAUCUCCAGGAGGAACUUAAGCGCUAUGAAGCUGAAGUGCGAGAAGCUAGAAAGCUUAAAUCGCAGCAGUUAGAUGCUGAGCUGUUGAAAGUGAAGUUAUUGGAAGAAAAAAGCCGUAGGGAGAGGGCCGAAUCGGAGUUAUCAAAAUUGCCUGAAUUGCAGAUAAGCAUGGACACUUUGGAGGAUGAAUUAUCCUCUUGGAAGUCAUUGCUAAACAACAUUCCCGGUGUAUCCUGUCCUGAUGACAUAAUGGUGAAAUUCUUGGCGCUGCAAAAGGAGGUGCUUGAUAGCACUAUGAAGAUUGGGGAAGUAAGUACACGUUUUAAUCAACUGCAGGCGGCUCUGGAUGCUGCACAACUUGGCAGGCAGAAUGCUGAAACUGAGGCUGCAUUAGCUAAAGAGAAAUCCGAGGCACUCAAAUCAGAUAUGAAGAGGACUGAAGUAAUGCUUUCUUUGGUCACUGAAGAGAAAGAACAACUAAAAGCUGUUGUUAGUGAACUAAGGAAGUCCAACAGUGAAGGACCUGUGUCCGGGGUCACAGAUGUAACUCUUGUUCAGGGGAUUGAAUCUUCUCUUGCGAACAAGGAGAACUAUCUUAAAGAGUUAGAGAAGGAGCUAAGUCAACUGAAAGAUGUCAAUAAUCGUCAACGUGCUGAAAUAGAACAUCUAAAUGAUAAAUUAGCCAGUGAAGCAAGGAGAAUGAAGUCGCUGGAAAGGGAUAGCGAUCGUCUUUGCUCGGAGAUCUCUUUGCUGGAGUCAAGGCUGGGUCAUGGUGAUUUUGCUGCUGCAAAUACAAGGGUAUUGCGCAUGGUGAAUACUCUUGGUGUCGAAAAUGAGGCAAAACAAACAAUAGAGGCUUUACAGGCUGAGUUGCAGAAGACAAGAGAAAGACUUCAAGCUGUUGAAGAAUUGAAGAGUCAGUCUGGAGAUGCAGGUAAGCUAGUUGACUCUCAUAUAACUGGAAAGAUUGCUCAGCUAAAAGAACAAAUUGUAAUGGAUGAACAUCAGCGUCCCAAUGGAAUCCCAGUUACUCGGUUUACUCUCCAGUCUAUAUAUGCUCAAAGCGAUGACGAGAAGCUCGAGUUCGAAUACGAAUCAGGAAACACGAGUAUUCUAGACAAUCAGUACACCUCUCAGGGUGAGAUAGCAAAGCAGAUAGAAAUAUUCAUCAGGAAGUUCAACUCGAUUCCAGCCUUUACAGCCAAUUUAACUAUGGAAUCAUUCAACCGCCGCACGCUAUAUUGAAAGCACCGAGUCAUUGUUCCCAAUCGUGUGUUUUUUUUUUUUUUUGUAUAUUUUUAAAUUCCGCUGAACAGAAACACAAAACUGAAAUGCCGCAGCUUAGAACAGAAUCAGAAUCAGAAUCAAAAGUUGAACACUGGUGUAUGUAUCAAUAACUUUAUUUUGGUUUGAAAGGAAAAGUGGCGUGGAUUAAGUCGGAAAGAACAUAAACAGUAAUUUGAAAAUCGUUGCUGAGAAAAUAAAAGAACAUAAAGAGUAGAUCAGUUUUCC